AUGUUUUCACGAAAUUUCUGGUUCGUGCGAAGUAAACGUUGUUUUGAUGUUUUUCUCUGGAAUUUACCUUUUGCAGGACGAUCUAUCAUCAGCCGUUGGCUAAUAUGUGAUCCCCACCGUCGCAUGACGAAAAAAAUCGUCGCUGGCCUUCGAACUAGCGCGAGAAUAAUGCCCAAGAGAGGAAAAGUCACUCGCAGUACAGAACAAACUCUACUUAAAAACAAACACGAGGCAAGAGUUAUCGAAUCAGCAAUCUCCUUGACCAAAGACGGCCAGAUCUCUGUGAGAGUGCUGGCAAAACCUGGUGCAAAGCAAAGUAACAUCACAGAUAUUUCUUCAGAUGGGGUUGGGGUGCAGAUUGCUGCUCCUGCAAGGGAUGGUGAGGCAAAUGAGGAGCUCGUACGAUACCUAGCAGAGGUGCUAAAUGUGAGGACAAGAACCAUCUCUCUAGACAAGGGAUCUAAGUCACGUAAUAAGGUGGUUACAGUAGAUUUAGCUGAGAUUUCAUGGGAACAAGUUAAGGAGGUGCUUUGUAGAGCGGCUUCACAGAAUUAGCAGAGAAAAAGUCCCUUGACGCAUGCCACAAAGACACUAGCCCGUGACAGGGCCUUUUCAGCAGUCAUGAGUUGAUGAGAUGGCACAAGAAAAUUGGUAGAAUGACUUAGUGUCCCCACUUUUUGGCUUUCCCCCUCAAAUUCAUUGCCUGGAUGAGGCAAACAUGAUGCAAACAAAGAUGGAAAAGGCAUCUACACAUGUAUUUGAACAUCUGAAAGCUGACUGUUUCAUAUAUACAAAGGCAGCAGAUUGGAUCUUCUGUUCAAUACUAUUCAUGGUUUUUCGGUAAAUUACCUUCAAUGAUACCCUAAAAUGUAGGAACUCUAACGUAGUUUAUUCAUGUGAAUAAAAUCUUUCU